CACAAUGACCUCAGAGACUUCGUUGAAACACACGGCACCUUGACCUUGUGGUUGUCUUAUGGUAUGUAUUAGACAUAUAGUUGCUAAUACUUCAGGAACAAAUUACCUCUUCUAUACUUAAGUCAUUUUUUGUAGAUACAAAGACAAAAAGUAGGUUUGGUAUGCGACUCACAUUUACUACUAGUUAACAGUGAAGCUGUUUCUCUUUGUGAUCAUUUAGCAGUUGUAUACUUAUCAGAGGCUUUUAAACGGUCUGUGUCGUUGGCGAAACAGAAUAACCGGACAUCGGUUACCCCUGAAGACUUUGAAAAUAUUCUUGUUCAAAUUGUCCUUGAUUUUUCCGCUUAAUUAGUAACAUGUCAUCAUCAGAAGUGAAGAACCUGUUGUUGUUAAUUUUGGAUAUGACGCCUGCUACGUGGGGCUCAUGUACUAGUGAAUUCGGACUGCCAGAUUGCAUUGAAGCUGUCCUUGGCUUCGCUAACAGUCAUUUAAUGCUGUCUUCUUACAAUGAACUAGCUAUAAUCGGUGUCACUCCUUGCCAUACAAAGUUCAUCUAUCCAAAUAACCUAGAACAUGCCGGUGAACCGACGAAUGAUGGACAAAACGACGCACUAAGCUGCAUGAAUAACACUGUCAGACAACUCUCCCUUGAUCUGGUAACGUCGUGCUCUUCCUCAAGCACUCAAAUAAUUCUAGCCGGUGCUAUAAUUAAGGCAUUAUGCUAUUAUCUUAGACGUUGUCGUGAACUACAGCCCACCUCAAGAUAUAUGGAUGAUACGUCUCCAGAUUCCACAGAAUUCAGCGAGGGGACGGAAAAGAUUACUUCUCGAAUAAUGAUUAUCAAAGCAUCCGAUGACAAUUCUUCUCAGUACUUGUCGCUUAUGAAUUCUGUUUUCACUGCUCAAAAGCUUCAUGUACCAAUCGACACAUGUGUGCUUCCACUACCACAAGAAAAUGAGAGUACAAAUACUACACCUUCGUUGAGACAUUCAAGCUUACUGCAACAAGCUGCAGAUUUAACAGGUGGAAUUUAUUUACAAGUACCAAGAGUUUCUGGUUUACUUCAGUAUUUAUUAUCAGUAUUUCUACCAUCUUCUAAAAUGAGAGCAUCUUUAUUACUUCCUGAUAGUCGAUCUAGUGGUUUAUCUUUUGGUGUUGACUUCCGAGCUGCCUGUUUCUGUCAUAAACAAUUAAUUGAUAUUGGUUAUGUUUGUUCUGUUUGUUUAUCUGUAUUUUGUGAAUUCAGUCCAAUAUGCUCUACCUGUAAUACACCUUUUGUAUUGCCAAGUGUAAAAAAUAUAUAA